AUGCUCGCCCUACAUGGCUUAGAUGCCUAUGGCCUCGAAGUCUCGCAGACCGCUGUGUCGGCAGGGAAUACGCAUGCAAAAGCUGAACUGACGAAUCCAUCAGCGCAAAACUUCUCAGACCCGGAGAAGCGACCUUCUGUCGAACAGGGUAAUGUUAAGUUUGUGGUUGGGGACUUUUUCAAGUCAGAUUGGGUGGGAGAAUGUCAGCAGGAGAAAAGUACACUUAAAGGUUUUGAUCUGAUCUAUGACUAUACGUUCUUAUGUGCCAUUCCCCCUACGAUGCGACAAGCCUGGGCGCGACAGAUGCAGGAGCUGUUAUCCCCCACAGGGAUCUUGAUCUGCUUGGAGUUCCCACUGUACAAAGAUCUUGAUGUCGUGGGACCGCCUUGGGGUCUCAAAGGUGUCUACUGGAAUCUGCUUGCUAAAGGCGGAGAUGGGAUUCUCCUUGGCACUGAAUCGAGUGGUGAGGUGCAGUCCGUACAGCACGGCCCAUUUAAGAGAGUGCUUUAUUAUAAACCAGAACGGUCAUAUGAGCAAGGUCGAGGAAUGGACAUGGUCAGCGUCUGGAAGAUCUCUUAG